GGGCCUGCGAUAAGGGACCCCAGCUCAUCCCGGGGGGGUAGGUCUAAGACCCAUGGCACCACCCAAUGACCCCCACCCCACUGUUUUGGGGUGCCAGUGUAGCCCCUAAAGCCAGGGUAAGGAUGAUGGGGGGGCUCCAACUCCAUGCGUAAACCCCCCCCCCUUUCACCUUGCACACCAUUUUCUCCCAGAGCAGGUUUGAUGUGACACCCCCCCCCCCUCCCCCCCCCACGGAUGGAGCCGGGAAGGGACCCACCAGCUCCCCAAAACUGGGACACGGAGGAGAGGGGUGACCCCCACGCAGACAGAGGGGACCCCCCCCAUCCACCGACACCCCCCCCAGCAGAAGCCAAAUCGGGGGGUUUGGGGGUACAAGCAGCCCACGGACGCCCCUAUGGAUGCUACGAGUGCGGGAAAGGUUUCGGCAGCAGUUCGGCUUUAUUAACCCAUCGCCGGAUCCAUACGGGUGAAAAACCCUAUAAAUGCCCCGAAUGCGGCGAUCGCUUCAAUCAGAAUUCGGCGUUAGCGGCUCAUCGCCGGAUCCAUACAGGCGAAAAACCCUAUAAGUGCCCCGAAUGCGGGAAGGAUUUCGGUCACGGUUCAACGUUGGUUAAACAUCGUAGAAUACAUACGGGGGAAAAACCUUACGUUUGUGAAGAAUGCGGGAAAAGUUUUAGUAUCCGUUCAACCCAUAUCCGACAUCGGAAAACCCAUACAGGUGAACGACCCUAUAGAUGUCCCGAUUGCGGGAAAAGUUUUAGCGACAGCUCUUAUUUCGUUCAACAUCAACGCCUUCAUAUAGGCAACAUGCCGUACAUCUGUCGCGAUUGUGGGAAACAUUUUAUGUGGAGUUCGGCUUUAAUUCGUCAUCGGCGAAUCCACACCGGUGAGAAACCCUAUAAGUGUAUGGAUUGUGGGAAGAAUUUUAGCGAGAAUUCGACAUUAUUACGGCAUCAACGGAUCCAUACGGGUGAGAAAUUCUAUAAGUGCACUCAAUGUGGGAAGAGCUUCAACGACAGCUGCUCGCUGAUGCGUCACCAACGUGUCCACACCGGUGAAAGACCCUACCAGUGUCACCAGUGUGGGAAGAGCUUCGCGGACAGCUCGACCCUCAUAUCUCACCAACGGACCCAUACAGGCGAACGACCCUACGCCUGCCCUGAUUGUGGGAAGAGCUUUACUGAGAGCUCUACGCUCAUCACCCAUCAUCGUAUCCAUACUGGAGAGAAACCCUAUACGUGUUCCGAUUGCGGAAAGAGCUUCAGUCAAAGCUCCAACUUGGUGACCCAUCAACGUAUCCAUACGGGUGAACGACCCUAUAGCUGUGCCCAGUGUGGGAAGAGUUUUUACCGGAGCUCAGAUCUCGUCCGUCAUCACCGGACCCAUAUCAGGGACCACCGAAAAUGAAGGGGGAUGGUCAAGGUC